CUAACGUACUGUUCUCUAGCUCUGACCAAGCGGAAGUGAAACGCAAUCGCACGGUACUGUACCUGUUGUGUUGUUUUACUGCCUCCGCCGCGAUUCGCCCUGUGUUCAACCGCGGCCGAGGCGCAGCUGUAUUGACGCCCCGCGAGUACGAGUCCCCUAAUGGAGCCACGGGACAAGAACGUGCCGCGGGGGCCGGUGCUCCACAUCGUGGUGGUCGGCUUCCACCACAAGAAGGGCUGCCAGGUGGAAUUUUCCUACCCACCACUGAUGCCCCAAGAGGGUCACGAUAGCAACAUGCUACCCGAAGAAUGGAAGUACCUCCCUUUCCUGGCGCUCCCUGACGGCGCACACAAUUUUCAGGAAGACACCGUGUACUUCCACCUUCCGCCUCUAGGCGGCGACAACAAAUGCGUGUACGGCGUGUCGUGCUACCGCCAGAUCGAAGCUAAGUCGCUGAAAGUCCGUCAAGCUGACGUCACACGAGAGACGGUGCAGAAAAGCGUCUGCGUGCUCAGCCGUGUGCCUUUGUUCGGUCUUCUCCAAGCCAAACUGCAGCUGAUCACGCACGCUUACUUUGAGGAGAAAGAUUUCUCCCAGAUCUCCAUUUUGAAGGAACUGUAUGAGCACAUGAACGGAUCGCUGGGGGGUUCCGCUCUGGAUGGGUCGCAGGUUUUUCUUGGGUUGUCGCCACGAGAUCUUAUCCUGCAUUUUCGACACAAGGUUCUCAUCCUCUUCAAGCUCAUCUUGCUGGAAAAAAAGGUCCUCUUCUACAUUUCGCCCGUCAGCAGACUCGUCGGAACGCUGAUGACCGUCCUGUCCCUGUUCCCGGGCAUGCUGGAGCAUGGCCUGGUGGACUCGUCGCACUACCGCCCGAGGAGCAGCACGUCCGACGACGCCGACCCGGGGACCGAGGAGUUUGUGUCUGUGUCCGCGUCGGAGCUACGCGUAGACGGGGACUCCAGGUCGGAAGGGGACGGCGUCCAACUGAAGCCGCCGUCUCGCACGUCCCCGGAGUCGUCGGAGAGCGACUGGGAGACGUUGGACCCGAGCGUGCUGGAGGAAGGGAACGGGGAGGACGCGACGCCCAUCACGGUGCAGCCGCUCGGGAGUCAGGGCGGCGUCACGCAGGGGCUGCUCUCCGGGUUGGAGGAAGAUCAGUACGGCAUGCCGCUCGCCAUAUUCACCAAAGGUUACCUAUGUCUCCCGUACAUGGCGCUACAACAGCACCACCUCCUGUCGGACGUGUCGGUGCGCGGCUUCGUGGCCGGCGCCACCAACAUCCUCUUCCGUCAGCAGCGGCACCUGAGCGACGCCGUGGUGGAGGUGGAGGAAGCCAGCGUGCACAUCCACGACGCCGAUCUGCGCAAGGUCCUCGGCCCGACCACGGCCGAUCUGCGCUUCGCGGACGACCUCCUCAAACAUGUGACGGACAACCGCGACGACGUUUUCCUGGACGGGACGGGCUGGGAGGGCGGCGAUGAGUGGAUCCGUGCGCAGUUCGCGCUCUACCUCCAUGCUUUGCUCGCGUCCUGCUCGGCGCAAGAUAACGAAAGGCUGCUCGCAGACUACGGCGCUCCCUUCGUCGCCGCGUGGAAAGGCACGCACAACUAUCGGCUGUGGAACAGCAACAAGCACGCCGGCAUGGCCGCCGUCACGCCGGGACAUCCUUUUCAAGGACAGUACAGCGUCGCCGAUGUCAAACUACGGUUGUCGCACUCGGUUCACAACAGCGAACGAGGCAAGAAGAUCGGGAACGCCAUGAUGACCACCAGCAGGAGCGUGGUGCAGACCGGGAAGGCUGUUGGUCAGUCAGUCGGUGGCGCGUUAACUAGCGCCAAGUCGGCCAUGACGUCUUGGUUCUCCACUUUGGCCCAACCAGCCGCCGCGGCCCAACCGGACGAAGCCGACCCGUGACCCAGCCCCUACACUACUCGACUUUGCUUCUUGACAGGAAGGGGGCGCUAUUGACUUCACUGCCGUAUUCCAAUUGCUGGACUACUUCAUGUGUCGCACGUACGCACGCCGUCCACGUUUGUCGCUACACAGCUUGUCAUGUCUGGUUGCCGUGGUAACAGGGCGGUCAUGUUGGCAAAAUUGAACAUUUGAAAUUUUAAAGCUUUUAGAAGAUUUUAAGCAAGGGGGAAAUUUUGAUUGCUGUUACCAGGGCGACCAUAUCGUUAUGAUAAGAAUUCUUGUGUAAUUUGAUUUCUUUUCCACCCGCUCGUCAUCGGUUUUAUUUAUUUGUUGUGGAUGGAGUUCAGAAUUAUGCUGUUUUGUCAGGACACUGGAGAAGUGUUGAUGGGUGCAUUAUCUUGUGUCCAAAAAAAGUCAUUUAAUUGUCGAAGUGCCAUUGACGGCAAUAGAUGUGUUAUUUUGACUGGGUGAAAUAGUCUUCCCACCCAAAUUUUAUUUAAGGUAGUGCUUCAUUAUUUGAUUUUUGUUUACAUUUUUUAAAAAAAUAUUUAAAAGGUUUGUUAACCUCUGAUAAAUCAAGUUUCUAAUUUAAACCACAAAAAAGUGCUGUAUUUGACAAGCUUAGGUUGCCCUACCCUCCAAAUUUUCAAUUACCGUCAAUAGCAGUCAGUGGUUUAACUUGAUACUUUAUGACAAUAUUUGCAUGUCAUUUGAAGGAAUGUUUCCCUCCCUUUGAGUGUUAUAAUUUUUUUUUAAUCUGACAUUUUCAUUUUAUAUUUGAAAAAAAAAGUGUGCUCAGAUCAACACUAUUUUCUUGACAUAACUGUAAAAACAAACUAUAUUGCUGUAUUAAAAUAAAGUUUUAAAUCCUCAAAUCAAGAACAAAAAACUUUUGGUAUGACUU